CGGUCCCAGUCGCUUUUAAUCGGCUUAGACAACUAUAGGUUAGCAGGCUUCUGCCCACAUGGAGCGUCUGUGCGUCCUGCUUUUACUUUCUGUCUUCUAUGUUCAUGCACGUGUCUUGUAACCGGAUGAGGAGGCAGCGACUCUCACUGAGCGGGACUUUCGCGGCUCAGGUGGGCGCACUCAUGUCAACAGGUCCACGAAGAUGACCGCGAACUGCCCGCGCGACAUGCCGGACUACAUGAGGCACCAGAGGUUAAAGAGUUCGUGUCAUUAAGGCUCUGGCGGACGAUGUGAGAGUUUAGUUUUUGUUUAGUUUUGUUUGUUUUUUUUUAUCCACGAGAGUCUGGUGUUUGGAAAGAGACCGCGAGUCCCAUGUCUGCGUCCCCCGUGUCAGGCUGCACUCUGCCCCGGAGGACAGUGCCCUAGUUCCUGGGGGUUAGAUGGUGCUGAUUACGGACGACAGGGAUGGAGGAGGCGCCUCGAUGGUCCGACUCAAGCAGCUCCAGCUGCAGCAGCAGAAAGUCGGGGAAAACGUCGCCCAAAUCCACCCGAUCAUAGCGGAAGAGCCGCUCUCCCGCUCUGACGAUGAGUUUUACUUGGACUCGUGCACAGAGCGUGAUGGAGAGGAGGACGAGGAGUUUGAAGAAGUUGACCUGGAGGACUUAGAUGAGUGUCGGAGCAUCGUGUCGGACGACUCCUUCUACCCGCCGGACGACGCGUUUGCGGACUCGGAGCGCACUCCAUCCCCGGAAAGCCCCGAGCCUCUGUCGUUUUUCCAGGCGUGUUGCACCAACAACGCGGCUAUUGUCCGGUUAAUGAUGCGGCACGGAGUCAAGGAGGAGGAGGUCAAGGAGACGGACAGGAACCACAGGAUCGGGCUGUUGGUUGCGUGUUACCAAGGAUACGUGGACGUGGUCAUAGCGCUGUCACAGUGUCCAUAUCUGGAUGUCAACUGGCAGGACAGUGAAGGAAACACUGCUCUCAUCACUGCUGCUCAAGCUGGCCACAUAACAAUCACCAACUACUUGCUGAACUACUUCUCUGGGUUGGACAUAGAGAGGAGAAACUGUCACGGCUUCACUGCACUGAUGAAAGCAGCCAUGCAGGGCAGGGUGGAUUGUGUGCGCUCAAUCAUGAUGGCAGGUGCUUCCCUAAAUGCGAGAGACUGCGGGCGACAUUUGACUGCAAGGGAGUGGGCCCUAUUUACGGGCCGUUAUGAAACUGCCUGGGUGAUGACACGCUUGAUGGAACGACCCUGUCCCCACCAGUACCGUGAUACAUACAGUCUAGAGUGGCCCCGGCUGGCUUCACUAGUCGUCAAAGCCCAGGAGUCUCGUGGCUGUCUGAAGCGCCUGUCUGACACCAUAAAAAACGUUUUCAGCAUCGCUAAUGUCACCAACCCCGAGGACGAGGGCGUGAUUGACCACAUGGUUUCUGUAACGACGGCCAUGAGAAGCCCUUUCCUCGCUGUGGCCUGCCAAACAGUGUGUCCUGACAGUCCCCCAGGCGUGGGCAAACGGCGUUAUGCAGUACCCGAGAUCGUCCGCCAGCAGCGUGCCAAGGAGCUCCACUCGGCCAACCCGGACAGGAUGGACAGCCACCUCAAACUCUUCCAGAACUCUCGGGUCACUUUUGUGGCCAAGACCUCAGUGGAUCGCCGGGCCAGCCUCCAGACCCAGAGCCUGAGGUCUCGACACAGAAGCUCCAGCCUGGGUACUGUGGCUUGUCAUGAAGCUAUGGAGCUGCAAAGAACCAGCCUCAUGCCCGUGCACAUGGUGAUGAGGAGGAGCAGCGUCAGGCCGGGCUUCAGCAUCCCCAGACUCAGGGUGUCCAAGGCCCCGCCACCAACUUAUGAACCGGAAAAGAUCCGAAGGAAAAGUAGCGCCAAAGAUGGAGGAGGAAACCUGCUGCAGAUCCCAAAGUGGCGGUACAAGGAGCUAAAAGAAGAAAGGAGAAAAGCUGAGGAGGCUGAGAGAAGGAGGCUGGAGGCUGUAACCAAGAGACACCUCACUGCUGGGAAAAGGAAAUAAUAAUAUAAUUGCCUCAAGCAUAACCAUAAAACAUGGGUUUUAUGCUGGAAAGGUCAUCAGGUUGAACACAUUUGUGUUUUUCUGCAACCUUUUAAAAUCUUAAACGCUCAGGGCGAGAUGACCAGCAGAGUUUCUGUAAGACAACAGUAAGACGAAGACGAUGGAUUUGUUUGCUCUUGGUCUUUUACAGCAGAUCUGUAUAAUGGUUGGUGAUGCUCAGUGUCCUUUACACUGUCAAACAGUGAAAACCCAGGAUAUUUGAUACUUGAAAUGUUUUAGAUAACUUAUUUUUUUUUUUUUCGUAUUUAUUGCUUUUUAAAUUGUCAUAUAUAUUUCUUUUCUUGUAGUGUGCUGCACUGUUAUUGUAGAGCAGAAGACACUAAUUGCAACCCUAACCAAAGCAGAUGUGCGUCCAUCUAUUUUCCUAAAGAAAUGGAGAGGUUGUGGAGCAAUGUCUUGAAAAGAACACAGACACUCUGAAAUUUAAACAUAAGCUUUUAUAGAUAUUAUUGUCAUUUGACGGACACAUUUUAGAUACCUUUAUUUUGCUUAAUGAUGAUAAUUCUAUUAACCUAUUUUACUUACAUAUUUUUAUAUAUAUAUAUAUUAGAGAUUUUAAUGCUUUCUGGUGACAACUUUAUUUUUUAUUCAAUAUGGACUUUUCAUCGGCCAUUGCGGGAAAGGUUCUGUAGUCUUAUUGUUUUGAGACUGAAACCAACGAUGUAAUGCACUUUUGUGGUGGUUUUGUAUUGAAAAAACCCAAAUUAACACUGGUUAUGUUGGCGGUAUAGCGUCACGCAAAGGAGAUGUGUGCGUUUGGUGUGUGCAAGAUGUAGAAGAUGUGAAUCAAAAAUAAAAAAAAACCCAACGACAUCUGCUAACAGGAACGUCGGGCGUGAUAGCCAUUAAGCCAACAAUUUAAAGGUGUGUUGUCAUUCACCGACAAAGACAAAAAUGUCCUGUGAUGAAAACCAGGUCAUCUCCCUGCAGCGAGUUUAAACACACACACUGACAAUGAGGAAAAGCAGUGAUACAACGUUGUCUGGAUUUGGAGAGGACAAUUUCACGGUCCUAACUCCUUGCGGUGAUUGCAGCCAAAGUGCCGUCCAAGAGUGCGCGUCUAAUAUAAAUGGUGAUGAGCUACUAAGGGGGUUAUAGGGGCAUUCCGUAGCCAAAUUGUUUCUUUGAAUAAACUUCAUUGACUCCAGAGUGGCAAUCGACUCACAGAUGCUCCCCAGAGGAAGUCGUUUGCACGUGACAAAGGACGAACAAACUGCACUGUUUGUUGAACUCUAUACAAAUGGCUGCAGAAUUAACACACUUAACACAAGACGAUCCUCGUGUGCACUGAAUCGCCGACAGUGCAGUAUUUUGUGUCUCGUUCAUCUUCACUAACUUCAUGCUAGUGUGUUGGAAUGGAAUGCAAAAACUAUUACCCCCAAAUGCAUCAGAUAAUAUUUAGGCCAUUGUUGUUGCUCAAACAGCUGUUGGCUCGGAUUGUAAUAUAAGAUUAUGAGACACGACAGGCCCGGUCAGCACCUGCACAACCUAAAUCCCUCACAGAAUCUCUGAAGUGACCCAAUGAAUAAGGCAACAGCCACAUGUGUUAUGUCAUGCUUUACCGCUGCAGGGUGACAGUCAGACAGGAUGACCUGAAUCUUUAUGUGCACUGAAAGCUCCUGUCAAACCUGAGAAUGCAGAGUGGGGAGGGGCUCUCUGGUGUUUGGUUUCGGUACUGCAUCUAAGGGAUUAUUACACAGUACUGAUACAAUCUGAGCCAAAUGUUUGCAAAUAAUACUUUCCAUAUCUUAUCUUUCUUUUAACAAGACCCAAAUAUUAUUCAUCCCAAUUCCUCCAGAAAUAAAAGCCAUAUGAUUCUUCCAUUAAAGUGGGUCCCUCCUAAUGAAUUCCAUUUCUAAAAAAGCAUGAAUAAAUUAUUAUGUCUUAAAAUUAAAUCAGCACCAAUGAUGAUGAAUUUAAAAUGACCUCAUUGAUAAAAAAAAAAAAAAGUGAGGAAAACUUGAGCAGAAAAUCUUCUGGGAAGUUUGGUGACAGUAAACCUGAUUUUGGGCUGCACUACACCUGUUAGUAGACGAUGCAGAAACAGCAUUGCGGCAUGACAUGGGUUAGUUUUUCAGAAAACGUACUGUUUGACAAGUAACGGGUGUGAUUUUGUGGGAUGUUGGGAAAACUGUUCAAAAUGUAGGGGAAGAAAUAAAAGUGAUUCUGGGUCAAAAGUGUCAGUGUAACUUUAUAAUAUAAACUUCUUAUCUUAUCAUAUGUUAUCAACAUAAAUGACCUAGAGCGUGUCCAAAAUGGCACUGACCUCACUGAAAUACCUCUUCUGUCGCACUGUUGCUGGAGCAAACCAAAAGAAUCCGUGAAAGGUUUUCGGUUGAAACUAGCUGUAGCCAGUUUUAAUGUCCCUGAUGUCCACAUGGCUGCAAUAGCUAGUGCUGUCUGUGUGUGUGUGUGUGUGUGCUCAAGGCUAAUGUAAUAAAGUGCUUCUAAAUGAGAAUGACUAGGUCCUGAGGGUAAAGUGCCAUAACCUUCACUGUUUUAUGGUGUUGGGAAAAAAAAACUUUAAAGUAAACACUUUGGAGUCAGACUGACCUCAACAUAUAACUUGUUUUCCAAGAGCAAACAAAGAGAGCCAAUCAGUGAAAGUACCAGCUGAAAUAAAGCUUCUAUAGACUUAUAGUGUAAAAAAACAGCCAAUUUGAAUGUAUAUGGAGCAUUUUACCUUUUUUUUUUUUGACAUAUUUUAAGUGUUAGUGUUAUGAACUAACUAAACACUUGCUGGACUAGCGAUGACUUACUCUGAGUCAUAACUGUUUUAGACUACAGACAAAUAGCUUGUCCUUUUCCCCAAAUAAAACCUUCAGGCUCUUCUUGAAAACCAGAAAA